AUUUGGAACGCGCAUAUUCACAAAGAAAAAAACCGCAUUCGCGUCGCCCUCCGUCACGACCGAUGCACGACUCAUACGUGAAAAAAAUACUAGACUUCGCUGAACCUCUCAUCUUUGCGACAUCGUCGGUCCGUAUCGUGCCCUCAUUCGCGCGAGAAAUUCUCUAUCGUAUCAACGUAUCGCCUUCGUUAUUCCUCGUUGCAACGAUAAAAGGAUGUUUAUCUAGGAUCGCCAAAGAGGGACACCGUUGUUCAUGGAUUCGAGUCCAUUUAAAACGCGACGCUGGUCUCGGUGAACGUGAUUGAUAUAAAGAGGUGUCUCCUGGUCUCUGUUUCUACAUCUGGCAGCCAGUUCGUGCUCGGCCAUUCGACGUAAAACAUCGUCGACUAAACUCUGCCGCUCGCUGUCGCGUAGUCGUCAUUUGACAGCCGAGGGAUGCCGUUUUUCUCCACGGCCGAUCGGUCCUAGAUUUGGUAACUCUACGCUUUGCCCGGUGCGCUUUCAUCGACUAUAAUUUUCGAUUUGAAAGGAGAAAAUCUAGCUUUUCGCGAGACCGCUUCGAAUUCUACGAUAACCGCGCCUCUUUCAUUUAAUCGUUUAUCGUUCCAUCCGACGGUUUAUGCAACGACUCGUUUUAGCACGCGGAAAAACGUUUAUGUAAUGACAGCUCGGUGGUGCACCGUGCGCGGAGUGUAACGUUUACGAUACAAUUGUCCGAUGCAACUGUUGGUCGCAAUCGUACACUCGGUCCCAAUAUAUACUAAGCAUUCGAAGAUGCGGAUACGGAUGCGGUAGCGAUUAUAUUACGCAUUAAAUUUAAAAACGUGCAUCUAUCGGUUUUCCUCCGCCGGCAUAGACGUUUGCCCUCGUCGCGUCUUCAAGGUAUACGGCUGCUAUGCAGCUGCAACCGUAAUUCCAGUGAGUCAUAAUCCUUAUCGGUGAUAUCGGAGUAGUUUUCGAGCUCGUGCUUCGAUCUCUCGUAGGUUGAAACGAGUGCACGUGGCGGGGUAAUGCCGCACCGAGUGUUUCCGAAAGAGCGGACACGGGCAAAAAUUUGUCAAACGACCAGCGAUUACUUUUAUUUUUCCCGUGCAUUAGCCAUAAACCCCUUUUCUCGCGAUCUUCCCCUCGAUGCUAUUUCCAGCGAGAAUUUCCCGCCCGUGGAAGCGAAAACCAACAAUUUUGACUCGCUCCCUGUUUCUGAUUCUCUUUCGGGGUAUUUGGAAUAUUUCCAAUCCAACGAUCAGGGGGAAUUAGCGUUUGGUAAAACAUGUGGACGUUCCUGGCGAAAUGAAUAAAGGAUGAUGGCGCCCGAAUAGGUGCAGUAAAAUCAUGGAGAGCGACAGCGAUUGGCUGACGGGGGUGUCAAAGGGUGAUUUUCACGACCAUUACAUCCUGGGUGAUGUCAUUGGCAGGGGCUCCGUUUCGACCGUUUGCAGCUGCCUGUACAAAGGCAAAAAGAAGUACGCCUGCAAGAUAAUACGAAAGGUACAAUCGAGCAAAGUCGAAACUCGGGCAAGGAUCCAGACUCUGCUGAGGAUACGUCACGAGAACAUUGUGUCGGUAAGGGAGGCAUACGACGACCCUCAACGCCUCUACCUGGUGGAGGACCUGGCCGCCGGCGGAGAAUUGCUGGAGAAGCUGGCAUCCCGAGGCGGAUACUCCGAGAAGGAUGCCGCCGACGCCGUUCGAGACGCCCUCUCGGCGCUCAGGUAUCUACACGAAAUGGGAUUGCACCAUGGCAGCGUGAGACCGGAAAAGUUGCUCUACGCGACGGAGGACGAAAACUCGAAACUCCUGCUGACGGACAUGGGAGUGGCCGCGCCCGUCAUCAACUGCUACAACGCUCUGUAUUGCGCUCCGGAAGUGACAUCCACGCGCUCGUCGAGCUCGGCGUCCGACAUAUGGAGUCUGGGAGUCGUCAUUUACAUUAUGCUCUGCGGUUUCGAGCCGUUUCGGGAAAUGCAGGAAAUAUUUCCUGCUCCGUACUGGGACGACAAAACGGACGAAGCGAAGCACCUCAUAACUCAACUUAUGCAGACGAAUCCCGAAGAUCGACCCACGGCUCAGGAACUGCUGCGAGAUCCUUGGGUGCGUGGCGUCGACACGGCGAGACAUUCCAUGACGGACGCGGCCAAAAAAUUGUGCGAAUUUAAUGCUCGACGAAAGUUUAAGGCGGCUACCCAUGUCGUGAGAGCUGCACAUCGGGCGAUAGCAUUUUCUCAUUUCCACGAAGAAGGAACGUGAUCGCGUCGAUUCCGGUUGGACGUGCAUAGCUCACGGAACCACAUUAUCCUGCUACCGACGUCGCUUCCCGAAGAUCUAUCUUGAUGUAACGUUAAUUUGACUUUCGCAUAAAGUUUGUCGAUUCAGCUCGUGUAA